AAAGUAGGAAGUGGCCUCGGUGGGUCGGGUGGCAUCUCUGCCAGGGGAGCUUCUGGGCGCGUGGAAGGAGCAGCCUUUGGGGAGGGGGGCAGAAAAAGGCUGCAGGGUUGGGGAGCCCCCUCCCCUCUUUAUCACCUCCCUCUCCCCCAGGGCUUGAGAGCGCAAGAGACGCCCUGCUGGAUCAGGUCCUGGAUGCACGCAGCCCGAGCCUACCUCGCAGGGUUGUAGCGAGGACGGAAUGAGGAGGGGGUGAGUCUCGUUGGACGCCUUGGGGGUCCCUGGAGGAAAGUUCAGAUAAAGAAAAGGAGCAUCUUUUCACCAUUCCAUUCCAAGAAAUGCAGACUUGGGAAAAGGACUCUGGCCCAGACCUCUGUGCCCAGGUGGUAGCCCUAGCUGAGGAUUUCCUCCUGAGACGGCAAGAGCCUAACGGAGAGGCACAAAACGCGCCUGAGCUCUCAGAGAAGAAUCUUUUGGAUUCCAAGAAGGCACAGGAAGACAAGCAGGCAGAGGUGGUGGAAGAAUAUGAUGGGGAGACUGCCUUAUUAGUUGACGAGUCCGACAGCGAAAACGAAGAGGGGGUCCUCCCAGCAGAAAGACCCGAGCGCAGAAACCCCACCCGGAUAUCGUUGGAAGAAGUCAUCCUCGGGAAGCUUUUCCCAGUGGAAGAAGGGCCUCCCGGCAACGUGCCCACGACAGACUUUGCCACGGAGAAGCCGUUUGAGUGCUCCGAGUGCGGGAAGCACUUCUCUACCAGCUCCCACCUCAUCAACCACAAGCGCGUCCACACAGGGGAGAAGCCCUACAAGUGCUUGAGCUGCGGGAAAAGCUUCACGGAGCGAGGCAACCUCUUGAAGCACCAGAGGACCCACACGGGCGAGAAGCCCUACGGAUGUUCCGACUGCGGGAAAGCCUUUGGCAUCAGCUCUCAGCUGAUCAGCCACAAGCGAGUGCACACGGGGGAGAAGCCCUACGAGUGCUCGGACUGCGGGAAGAGUUUCUGCACGAGCUCGCAGCUCGUGCGCCACAGCCGGGUCCACACGGGCGAGAAGCCAUACGAGUGCUCCGCCUGCGGGAAAACCUUCAGCCAGAGGUCAUACCUCGUGGGGCACGAGAGGACGCACACGGGCGAGAAGCCCUUCGAGUGCUCGCAGUGCGGGAAGUGGUUCUCGCACCGCUCCGACCGCCUGAGGCACGAGAAGAUCCACACGGGCGAGAAGCCCCACAAGUGCGCCGACUGCGGGAAGGGCUUCAACCAGAAGGGCUCCCUUGUCACGCACCAGAGGACCCACACGGGGGAGAAGCCCUUCGAGUGCUCUGAGUGUGGGAAGAGCUUCAACGAUCGGGGUUACCUUAUCACACACCGGAGAACCCAUACAGGGGAGAAGCCCUACGAGUGCCUGGACUGCGGGAAGAGCUUCAGCCGCACGUCCCACCUGACCGUGCAUAAAAAGACACAUGGGAGGGAGAGGCCGUAGCCGGAUCAGGAGGUGGGGGGAAAGAGAAGACAAACGAACACACACAUUUGAGUGUCCUUUGGGAAGGGGGCAAAAACCUGCCCCUCUCACAGCAGCCUUUUCCAUCUUGGUAUCCACAAGAUGUUGCUAUUUAUUUGAUUCCGUACCCACUGUUUACCAUAAGGUCCGAGGGCAGGUUAGAGCAACUAAAAAAUAAAACUCCAAACUCCUAUUAGCCACAGCAAGUAGAGACAAUGGGCAGGAAUGAUGGGAGCCGGAGUUCAGCAUCUGGGGAGCAUCCAGUUGAGGGACACUAUGCAUACUUUUAUAAACCUCAGUAUUCAUGCCCCUUCUUGGACUUAUUUCUUCUCCCUUAUACGCAUACACAAAGACACCCCAUCCGGAAUUAUCAGGCUCUUCCCCCUGCUCUAAAACAUCUUUUGUCACCUAGUGUUUCUUAAACUUGGGUCUCCAGCUGGUCAGGGAUAAUGGGAGUUGUAGUCAAACAACAGCUGGGGGAUCCAAGUUUGAGAAACACUGGACCCCCUAAAAAUGGUUGAAUUUCUCCCCAUUUUGUCUUCUGCCAUGGAAACCACCAUCACCUUUCUCUCUCACAUAUAUAAACAGAACUUGAAAGAUCCACAGCUCGUCAUCUGAGCUCUUGGAAAUCUGCAAUAUUCCCCCGUAAUCUCAAGUGAUAAUAUAAGCAGCUGUGUCCAGGCAGCUUGUCGUGGAGUCAGCAUAAUUUGCCAAUUUCGCUUCUGCACAUUUUCUGUCUUGAUCUCGACCGAUAUUACCUGCCCUGCACAAGGCGGCAUGGGCUGUUCUAGAAACAAGGAUGUAUAAUAAAAGUUAGAUGUGAUGCAUGCAUGCUUAUUGACCGAAGGGUUUGUGUUAAACGUGGGGGCGUAUCUCAUUAAAGCCCGGAUCUGCCCUAUACAGUGGUACCUCGUGCUACAGAUGCUUCAGGUUACAGACUCCGCUAACCCAGAAAUAGUACCGCAGGUUAAGAACUUUGCUUCAGGAUGAGAACAGAAAUCGCAGUGCGGCGGCAGCGGGAGGCCCUAUUAACUAAAGUGGUACCUCAGGUUAAGAACAGUUUCAGGUUAAGAACGGACCUCCAGAACGAAUUACUGUAAGUUCUUAACCUGAGGUACCACUGUACAUUUAAAGACGUAUCUUGAUACUUGAAACAGCCAUGGCUUCCCUCAAAGGAUCCUAAGAAAUGCCAUUUUGUUAACGGUGCUGAAAGUUGUUGGAAAGCAGGUGGGGAGAUCAACAUGAAAAAGAGCCUUGGUGAGGGUUGGUGGCAAUACAUUUCUCCCGACCAUCUCCAGCCCCUUGGAAAAUCCUAAACUACAAAUAUUAAAAUAUGUGCAUAUAUACUCCUGAAAACCGGAAAGGAAAUACUCUGACACAGAGGGAGAGAGCUGGUUGAAGUAAGGUGGGAAAAUACUGUACUGUGGGAAUUCCUACAGGGCUGAUUGCUAUUUUUCCACUCUUCUAUCACAUUGUCUAAGGUGGGGCUGGUAGAGUUGGACUUUUUUCAUUCCCUCAUAGGGAAAUUUCAUGGGGCUCACAUGGCACCAGAGGCAAAAAUACAAAUUUGUAUGCAGAGCAACAUACAGAUUUAGUUUCUACACCCACCUACCCCUCUGUGCUCCAUCUCAACAAGAGAGAGACAUUAAUCAUAAAGUUUAAGGCCAUAUAUUACAUCCAGGCAAAAAACCAAAACACCAUUCAAGGUCACAGAGCCUGGGGACACUGGGUGUUGGGUGGGUGGGUGGGGAAAGUUCAAAGGGCCGAAGAGAAGAGUCUGGAGGGCUGCUUUUUACUCCCAGGGCCAGAGGUUGAAAAGGCAGGUAGCAUACAUAAACUCGUAGAAAUCUAUGGCUCAGGCUGGGCAAGGCAGAACCAAACACAGAAGCUGGAAGAUGCAAUGCACCCAUUUGAUUCUAAAGAGUUUUAUUCAGAGCUAUAUUCUUCGGAAAAUGCAAGUGAAGACAAUGGUUUUUAUAUAGUGCUGACAUGGAUAAAAGCCAGAUGGGGGUUUCAGCGACCAGAAGGAUUAAGAGGGAGGAGAUGAUCUUGGGAGAUAUUUCAAUAAUUUUGAAGCAGUUGCAAGAUAACCAACCUCUGAAAAGGCUCGUGAGAACGUUAAAGAUACUCUGCUG